GAUUUAUUCCGCAGGAGGGCGGAAGGUGGGCUAGCAAAUGUUAGGCCUAUGGUUGCCAUAGCAACUAGGAGUUUGGGCUGGCCAGAUUCAGCCCCCGGGACCCGACCAGAUUCUAGGCCCAUGCCAUCCUGUCAUGAACAGUUGUACAAGCAAGUGGGCCAGUGAGGCACACCUGGGCAGUGCUGUGUUCACAUCUGGCCUGCACCUGCUCUCUUCAUGACUUCACAGAUAUUGGACAACAGGCACAGUACAAUAAUCUCUGAAGGAAGAAAAACAAGAUGCUUAGGAGAACACGCAGUAGAGGUUUUCAUCAAACAAAUGGAACAUGUCACAGAAUCACAGAAUUUUGCUAAUGUGGACAACUCCGCACAGAAAAAUGAACACGCUGGCGAACAUCCCAGACGUGCCAGUAAAGUACAGAAAGGUUUUACUGCUGCAUAUCCAACACAAUCCUCCAUUUCUUCUAAAUCCCAAGCUUGGAUAAUUCCAGAAUCAGAAAAAAAAGGAUUCAAUAGUCAAGCCAAGAGAUUUUCUCAUAAGAAGAAUGAUAUCCCAGGUCCGGGGUCCUACAAUGUCAUUCACCAGUCACCGGUGUCCAACAGUGUCUCAUUGUCCAAGAAAGGAACGUGCACGUUUCCCUCUACGCGCACCCGGUUGGACACCAACAUUUCUAAAUAUCCUGCAGCGAAUGCAUACACUAUCCCAACAGAUUUUAUUUCCAAGAGAGACUUCAGUAAUUCAUGUUCCAGCAUGUUUCAGUUGCCAAGCUUUACAAAAGUUCUCAAAUUUGAAACUCCUGCACCAAACUAUUACAAUGUCUCCAUCUCUUGCUGCAAGCAGAGAAACAACGUCUGUGCCCGAGCCGGGUUUAUGUCAAAAACCCAAAGAGGAUCUCUCGCUUUUGCUGGUAAAGGACCUCCCCCAGAGGUGACUUCAUCAUCUAGUCAUAAAACAGAGGACGCAGGUCUGUUUCCGGAGCACCCCCUCCACGUUGAGUGGUUUCCACGCAGCCUUGCAGGGCAUUAUAACAUCAACGAAUCCCUUGUGAAGCAGUCGCCAAAUACGUUAAUGUCUUGUUUUAAGUCAAAAACCAACCGUGGAUUAAAAGUGACGUCAACAGGCCCAGGACCCGGUUAUUACAACCCCAGUGAUGGCACAAAAGUUCCAAAAAAGUCUCUCUUCCCGAAAAACCCCAUCCUGAACUUCUCUGCUCAGCCGUUGCCUCUGCCCCCGAAGCCGCCUCUCCCAGGUCCUGGUCAGUAUGAGAUCGUGGACUACUUAGGGCCCCAGAAGCGCUUCAUCUCUAGUGCAUCAUUCGUGUCCAACACCAGCCGGUGGACCGCGGCGCCAUCUCAGCCGGGCCUGCCUGGCCCAGCCACAUACAAGCCAGAACUCCCAGGAAAGCAGUCCUUCCUCUACAACGAGGAUAAGAAAUGGAUUCCGGUGCUGUAGGGAUGUCACACAAGAUCGAGGAGAACCCCGGCCACCAGCCCGCCCUACCCAGCUUCCCCUGGACAUCCCUCGGGAGGAGACCGAUCGUGUGUGUGGCAGCUGCAACUUGGGGGAUGGCUCUGCCACUCUGGCCUGGUGUGGUAGCUGGGCUGCUGCCAUUGCCUUUAUCUGGAGCUGGAGACAUUGCUCCUGGAGAUUGCACCCCAGCCCCACCGACUCCAGUGGCUUCCUGAGCAGAGGGAGGUGGACAGAUUCCCCCUGGCUGCUUCCCCAUGCACCCAUCGAGGCUGGCUUCUGGCACCACUCCCCACUGCAGACUUAAGGAUUCCUGAAGCGCAGACUUCAAGGAGGACCAGUCCACUGUGAAGGUGACCAAGCCUAGAAGCCCCACCCUUCCCUGUUUCAUUCCUUCACUCAAUUACACGUUCAUUCAUUCCCUCACUCCUGGCUUUCUCAUUUAUCCCUUUCUGACCUCACUCACUCACGGUAUGUCUGCUGGGUGAAAGCUACCUGCAGGCUGGUGUUGCUUUUUCUACCAGCCCACAGCUUCCUUUCUAAAGUGACCAUCUGCUUGGAAAGGCCUCCCUUUAGUUCUUUUAGACCUUUUUCUUCUUUGUAGUGGGAGAUUGUCUUAGAAUGGCAGCGGCCAGGCUCAGGAGCUGCCCUUUUCCCUGACUCUCUCUAAGGGUGGGACCGAAUUUUCUCAAGGCUUCUGGAGCCCUCCAUGGAGCCCAGUGGCCUUUCUAGGCAGGAUAUCCUUUGUUUCUUUAUGUGGAGGCAAAAAAGAAAUGUGCCCUGGUGGUUUCGGUGGAGGCUGCACAGAUGCCUGGGGUGUGGGGAGCUGCCUGGGUCCUUUCCUGAUCUCCAGGCAGGCUUUGACUGGGGCUUUGACUGAUGCUAGAAGUCUCUCUGUGCAUUAACCCCAGCAGACACUGAGCGGUUGCCAAGGCUUCAAGGCCUGGACAACUGUGGCCUGGCCAGAGAAGUGGCUCUCAGCCUUGACUGCACACAGUAAUCACCUGGGGACUUUGAAAAGUACUGAGGCCUGGGGUCCUCCCACAAAUGCUGAUUUAACUCCUCCAGGGUGGGAUCUGGGCAGUGGGGAGGAGGGAGGUGUGGGUAAAAGCUGCCCAGGUGAUUCCAAUGAUAGGUGAAAGUUGAGAAGCGCCACCUUCCGGCUUCCCAGCUGGCUCUGCUGGGCGGGAAGCUCAGGGGUGGGAACUUUAUACAUGUGCAGCACCUGCAGCAUGGCUGUGGUUCCACACUCCUCUGUCAUGUACCCUUCACACAUCACCUGGCUCUGACAUCAAGCUUGCUGUCACAGCCACAGUGAGGCCUAGGCUGAGCAGAGCAACUCUGGUGCCCCACCGAGUCCCUCCCUCCCUGGCAGGCAAGCCAUGUGGGAACCUGAGACAAAAGGAAACAUCAGUAACACGAAUCCUGUCUUUAAAAUUGUUUUGUUCACCAGGGAUUUUGUUUCGGCCUUAAUUUUAAAAAUAUUGAAUUAAACUUGCUUAUCUUGAUUAUUGA